CGAGAUAAUCGAAUCAAGCAACGACAGCGUGGGCUGCUGCUUGGAUGGGUGACCGCUGAGCGAUCCUGUCCAAAGCAAAGCAGUCCGCCUGAACUGGCCAAGAUGAUCAAGAUGAUGGUGGUCGUAGUUGUAGUCUUUACGGUUUGUUGGUUACCACUAAACGUACUAAAUCUAGUGUGGGAGAGCAACCCUAGUAUCAGCUCUUGGAGUGGACUGCCGUUUUUGUGGUUUGCCUUCCAUUGGCUCGCCAUGUCCCACACAUGCUACAACCCUGUCAUAUACUGUUGGAUGAACUCCCGGUUCCGCGCCGGUUUCAGUACAGUCCUGCACAUUUUCCCGAACAAGUACCAAGGAGCCCACUCACAGCACGAGCACUCCGUACUUCACCGCUUCAACACCUCCACGACCUACUUGAGCUCCCGCCGCGAGCCCAACCAGUCGCUCAAGUCCGUCUCCCUGAGCGAGCGGAAACACCCUGUACAAGAGCAAGAGCGCUGUCCACUACCGAGACAACCAGAUGUAGACCAAAUCCUAGGUGACAACCGUUACACGGCCAAGGUCACACAACAUCAACACAAAGGUCAAUGA